AUUUCAAGGUAAUGUUUGGAGGUAAAACUUACUGUCUUCUGUUAAUAGCCUUCUGUUAUACAGAUGACUAGUGCUGGCAAAGUUGUUUUAACAUCAACUCAAGUCAUUCCCUGAGUCGAUGCGAAACAGUGCGUGAAUUUCAUAUCCUGUAGAUGUCUGUUAAUUUCAGCAAAAUCUCAAGAAUUGGUUAUCACAUGCAAAUGCAUACAUAAAUAUCAAACUUUGGGGAGUAACUAAUUUAUUACUCCCCAAAGUAAUGGGGAGUAAUCAUAAUCUGGAGAUUUAAAUAUUCUAACUUUAGUCUUUUUUCUUCACUGGUCACCUUGUUUCUAGGUUUGGGGCUCUAAUGGGGCGUCGACGUAAGUUUGUGGAAAGUUUGCGCAGCUAUGGCGACUCCAUGCUGGUUCUUCCAGCCUUCUCCUAUGGCCACAAUACUCCUCUGUCUCUCAGAGCUUUUUACACACUUGAGGACUUUGAAAGCCCCAUUCGACCUAUCUUCUUCAACCCGGGGUACCUCCAUAACCUGGCCCACUUCUGGCGCUCUCAAGGCUUAAGAACGAUACGGCUCAGCACUGGUAUUAUCAUGACAAGCCUAGCUCUGGAACUCUGUGACAACGUACAGCUGUAUGGAUUCUGGCCCUUCGAUUUUCACCCAUACAGCUUUCAAACUCUGACUAACCACUAUUAUGAUGACAGAAAAACCAAAACAAAGUUCCACGCCAUGCCAGAUGAGUUUAACCACUUGUUGCAGUUGCACAGUCAGGGUGUUCUCAAAUUGCACCUUGGAGACUGCAAAGCAGAGCCACACUAGACUUCUCAGGCAAAGAGCCACGUGAAUUCCUAGUUGCCUCAGGUGAACCCAACCAUCAAGACUUUCUUUUAAUUACACACUGUAUGGAAUAGACUGACUAACUCCACAGACCAGAACCUAUCUGCAACCACAAAACUUGUACUGAGAUCAAAAUGCAACAAAAAGAAGACAGUAACUAGUAUAGAUUUCAUCUUCUUUCACAACUUUAUUUAUGUUUUGUUCAGGUUGAUGUCUGGAAGAGACAAAGUAACGUGCCUUUGUGAGGCUAUCAUUGUUUAGUGCCUUAUGUUACAUUGUUAGUGAUGGAUUUUGAGUCAGGGUUACUGUUUUUUAAUGGAAACCAAAUACCUCCUUUAGAAUAAUAUUGUGACUAAAUAAAAACACCAGAUACUGAAUGUAAGUUGUUUAAUACAUUUAACCACUUUGAAAAGAUAAUUUGUUUUAAAUAAACAACAUGAAUGUGUUGGUACUGAACACUUUUUUCACUAUAGUGAACUUAAGAUGAAAGAUUAUGCCUAUCCUGCCUUAAACAUAAAUACAAUAGAUAAAAAAAUAAUAAAAAUAAAAAUUGCACAGUUUUUUACAUAAAUUAUAACACACCUUAGGUGCUUUUGGAUACACUUUGAGUGUCUUGUUCAGAGUUACAAGUCCAGAAGAAAUAUUAUACUGCCUUUUUGAGGCAGGAAAGUGUUGCUGCAAAGGAUGAGUGAAAGAAGAAUGAUGGUUUUGAGCUGUUCUUUAUCUGAUUGUCGGCGUUAUUUCUCUAUGUUGCAGCUCAACGCAGUUGCUGUAAUUUCUGAUUGUUCAAUAAAAUAAAAAGCUGGACUUAC